AAGUAAUCCUUUGACCUUUCACAUGUAUAAACAUUUAAGUAAGUUUAGUAUAAAGGAUUAUCAAAACAUAUUUACUUACUGAAUUUUUAUCACAAUUUUAAUACUUGGAUUAAAAGGGAUUAACCUCAAUUGCUGAGGUCAAAUGAAAAUAAGUAUGUUCAUUUAGGUUUAAAUAUAAAAUUAUAUACAUUGUGUUUAAUACUUCAUUAAGUGUUAGAAACGCAAUUACAUGUACAUUAAUAAUGACUUAUUAUGCAUCCAGGAAAGGAUAUUGUUUGAUAUUAAAUCAAAAUAUUGGCGAUGGGUAAAUGCCUCUCAAAGACCAACAAUUCUGUCAACAAAGUUAGGCCAACUCCUACUCCGGACAGUGGAGCAAAGAAGAAAAUGAGGAGAAGGAAAAAUGACACUGGACUUCCGAAGGAGCGUUACGCAAUUGUUGAAGGCAGAUACGAUGUUAAGCUUCCGAGGGAGAAAACCUGCACCAUAAAUUGUUCAGCAUUUUUACCGACCGGUGAUAUCAUUUUCGGGGAUCAGGAUAAUAAGAACAUCAAAUUAUUUAACUGUAAUUUCGACUUCAUGACAUGUAUAGAGUUCCCCGAUCCUGUGCAAUGUCUUUGUGCUUCUCCGAACUUACCGCUAAUCUAUGCAAUAUUUCCGGACAGGAUUCGACAAAUUCAUGUCGACGGAGUGAAUAUGAAAAAGAGCGGGUUCAUAAAAACUCCGGGUGAGUGUCGUGCUAUGGUUGUGAAUAAAUUUGAUGGUAAAGCCAUCUCAUUGUAUAUGCCAGACGACUUUGGGCAAGUUAACUUAUUAACACCGGGUGGAAGUCUUCAGUUAGAAUUAUUUGCUGACAAUACUGACCAAAUGUUAUUUAUUGACCCAGGACCACUUGUAGUAACAAGAAAUUUGACAAUCGCUGUAGCAGAUAGAGCUCAGCAAGCCGUUAUAGGCGUACAGCCUGACGGACAAGUGCAGUUUCGAUACAAAGGUAUUCGUACCCCUACCGCUAUAAUCUGUGAUGAACAGAACUAUAUUUACGUUGCAGGUCCGAAAAUGAUUCACCAGCUUUCUGAAAAAGGAGAGCUUGUCAAGUUGUUUCUUACGAAGGCGGAAAUUGGAUUAGCUCCAAUGUCUCUAGCAUAUUUUCCUGAAAGGAAACAUUUGAUCGUGACAGGCAAAGGAUCAAAAGUAACUCUUUUUAAACUGACUUGAGACUUUCAUGUGCUUUCAUUAUGAAGUGAACCAGCCAAAAAAGCAUAACAUAAUACGUUAUGCAAAAAAAUCUACUACAUGAUUUGAAUUGGCAUUUAUUUCGUGCUGAAAGUCUGGUGUAGUGGGUAGAUUUGUUGAACAAUAAUGUUAUGUACAAAAUUGAUUCUUUGUUCGGUUAGGUCACUCGCUUCUCACCAAGGCGACCCAGGUUCAAGUUCUGGCCUGGGCGCAUGUGAGUUUGGUUAGUGGGCACCAAACAGGCUUUGUAUAAGUUAUCAUAACUUUCUUCACAAUUGUUGUAAAAUAUAUAAUGCUUAAACUAAUUCUUUGAUCAUGUUUCAGGGGUUCUAAUAGCUAAUAAUUAUCAAUCUAAAAAUAGCUUGGGAGUACUU